AAUGACUAUGUCAGAAAACACGAGAGGCUUACCGGCAAGGUCACCUGCAUCAGGCCUCAACAUGGCAUUGCAUGAAUGUAUGGCAGCUCUGGACUUAUUUCUUAGCAACAAGUUCUCAGAUGCUUUGGCUUCUUUACAAGCAAAAACUAAAGACAGUAUGUAUCAUGCACUCACUUACGCCACCAUAUUGGAAAUGCAAGCUAUGAUGACAUUUGAUCCUCAGGAUAUAUUGAAUGCAGGAAACACAAUGAAAGAAGCUCAAGCCACCUGCCAAAAGUUUAGGAAGAAAUCUACAGUAGCCGAUUCCUUCAACAACCUUGUGCAUAGACAAAGCCUUGAACACUUUACUGAAGAGGAAAUCCAUGCAGAAAUUUGCUAUGCUGAAUGUUUACUUCAGAGAGCAGCGCUCACAUUCCUACAGGAUGAGAAUAUGGUUAGCUUCAUCAAAGGAGGCAUCAAAGUCAGAAACAGUUACCAAACGUACAGGGAGCUGGACAGUCUCAUGCAGUCUCCACAUUAUGUCAAAGGGGAGAACCAUCUUCAUUUUGAAGGAGGUGUAAAGCUUGGAGUUGGAGCAUUUAAUUUGACAUUGUCCAUGUUUCCUGCACGAAUUUUGAGAUUACUGGAGUUUGUUGGAUUUUCUGGAAACAAGGAGCAUGGUCUGCUGCAGCUUCAAGAAGGAGCAUCAUCAUACAGCUUUAGGUCGGUGCUGUGUACCAUGCUGUUGCUUUGCUAUCAUACUUUCAUGACCUUUGUGUUAGGGACAGGAAAAGGAAAUGUUGAAGAGGCAGAAAGACUACUUAAGCCUUACUUGGCUCGCUAUCCAAAGGGAGCCAUAUUCCUGUUUUUUGCAGGCAGGAUAGAAACACUGAAGGGUAAUAUUGAUGCGGCAGUUAAUAGGUAUGAAGAAUGUUGCGAGGCUCAGCAAUACUGGAAGCAGUUUCAUCACAUGUGUUACUGGGAGCUUAUGUGGUGCUUCACCUACAAGCGCCAGUGGAAGAUGGCUUUCUUUUAUGCCGAUCUGCUAAGCAAAGAAAACACUUGGUCAAAGGCUACCUACAUUUACAUGAAAGCUGCCUACCUCAGUAUGUUUGGACCAGAUGAUUGCAAUCCUUUUGGAGACAAUGAAGUUGAAUUAUUUAGAAGCGUUCCCAGUUUGAAACUGAAAAUUGCAGGGAAAUCACUGCCUACGGAAAAGUUUGCUAUUCGUAAAGCUCGACGGUAUCUUUCUUCAAACCCUAUUCCUUUGCCAGUCCCACCUUUGGAAAUGAUGUAUAUCUGGAAUGGCUAUGCUGUAAUUGGAAAAUGCCCAGACUUAACAGAAGGAAUGUUAGAGACUUUAAUUGAAGCAGAAACAGAAUUGGCAAGAAGUUCAGCUACAGAGUUACUAGCAGAUGACCAGUGCGUGAUAAAACUGUUAAAGGGUCUAUGCCUCAAGCAUUUGGGCAAGAUCUCAGAGGCGGAAGACCAUUUUACUUACAUCCAUUUAAAUGAGAAGAAGAUAAAAUAUGACCAUUAUCUAAUUCCAAAUGCUUUGCUGGAGCUUGCAGUACUAUACCUGGACCAAGGAAGAAGAGAAGAAGCGAUAAAACUGCUGGAAAGAGCAAAACAAAGCUACAAGAAUUACUCCAUGGAAACAAGAACACAUUUCAGAAUUCAAGCUGCCCUGCACCAAGCCAAAUCCAUCCCAGAAAACGGAAUGCGCUCUGGAGCCUCAGCAGUGUCGUAACUUUUUCUUCUUUGAUGUCCUGUUUGUUUGCAAACUGUGGUGCAGAAAAUUACUGACACUUUAGAAUUAUUUUUCCUUCUCUUCCAAGUCAGUGAGAAACCAAAUCAUUUAAAAUUUUAAAGGUGAUGCGUAAGAUAUAAAUCUAAUGUAAUAACAUGGCAAAAAAACUCUCAAACCAACCCUAACCCUUAAAAUAUUUCUUUUCAACAAGUGGCUUUUCGAAUACCUACAUCUGUGUAAUUCACUCAUGUGAAUUCACUCAUGUGUAAUUCACUCGUGUAAUUCAUUCAUGUGUGCCUUUUUUUUUACUAAGCAAGCUAGAACAUAAGCAGAAAAAUUGAAAAAAACCUUUUAAGGCUCACGGAGUUAAUCUGGGUUAGCUAGAAGUGUUCAUUUGAAUUCAUAUGGCUAGCAGCUGAACAGGAAGCAUCACUUUUUCCAGGUACCUAUGUAGUUGAAAUGAUGUGAGAAAAUCUCAGCGCUCAAGAAGCAUAGCAGGGAGCGGUUUUGAAUCCUGGGCCUUUCCAGUUGUGCAUAGAAGGCUUCUCUUUACUAGCUUUUACUAUUCAUUUAUUUCACUGCUGUACGAAAUUUGCUGGUGAGGAAAAUGGUCUCUCUUGUGCAGGUAUCUUGGCGUUUUCUUUAAUUUGGUCUUCAUGUCAAGCCUGUCAUUUGUAGUGGCUGAAUAAUUUACAGUCUACCAAGGAUUUUAGGGAAAAAAAAAACAACAAAACAAAACCCAAAUGAAGACGACGGUGUAAAACUGUAUCACUUCUUCUUUGACAAGAUUCAAAAUGGGAGGACCUUAGGAACCAGUUCUGUCAUUAGACUGAACGUGAUUUGGAAUUUAUGUCAUAUUUAAAGCACAAGUCCUUGAAGGUCACUGAAGAAAUAGCAAUAUGGCACUGGCUGUAAGGCAAUACAAAGUUACUGUGACAGUCGACGACUCCUUAAAAUGAUUGUUCUUAGGCUUACCUAGCUGAGACGUCCAUGUUUAAAGAGAUCGUAUGGCAAUGUUUCCUUGUAAGGAAGUCUGUGUUGGAGCAAGCUCUCUUGGCAUAGCCCUCUGCCUUUUAUAAAAAAGAACACUUGCUCUUUUUGGUCUUUAUUGUUUUUUUGGGGGGAAUCUGUGAGGAAGGUGCAUUGAGGGGGAUUGAGGGUAGAGCAAAGGGCUGACUCCUCUUUCCAGUGCUGUCUGCCAUAGAAUUGCUACUUUUUUUUGCAAAACUGGUAGUCAGCGAUAACACAAAUUUGCACUGUAUUUACUGUUCUCGAGGCUAGCUCCAUGCUUCUACUCCUGGGUUUCUUUGGGGCAGAUGUCUACCUCCCUUUUGAAAGAGAUUCUUCCCCAUGACCUGUUCUGAUAUCUGGAGGUGGGAAGUCCUCUGACAAGCCUUUUUCUCCAAUGGAGAUGUUUGUCAGGAAGACUCCUGUCUAUGUAUCUCGCGGUGAAUAUUCUUUUUCAAGUGACUGUUCCCAGCAGAAGAGAAAAUUGACAGUUUAUAACUCUGCUUUUACCUUCUCUAGGAAAAUGACAUUGUUUUAUCAUGCAAAUUCACGUGCAAGGAGAUAGAACUACCUGUUCCUCAACACCGGGAACUUGCAUUGUCUUAAAACUAGGCACCCUUCAUAACAGUCUUCCCAAGUUAAAAUCACAGAUGAAGAAUGCAUUUUUUUAAAGAAGUGACUUUCUCAGUUCAGAUAAUCAUAAAUAAAAUUCAGUACAGACAAUUACACCAUUUACACAUCGUGCAUCAAAAUUUAAGUGUAAAAGUUCAGCCAUUCUUUGUAUAUAAUAAAAAAGAUUCUUGUUCUACUUCAUGCAUAUAACGCCUCUUCUUCCAGUUGUGUCCUUUUCAUAUACUUUGGCAAUCUAAGCAUCUUUGGAGCAAGCAUUGCCAUGAGAAUUAGCAUAACUUGUACUCUGCAGAAAGUGAACAAUCCUUGGGACUGUAGAUUCAUCUCUCAGGGCCACUGAAAUGCUCUUUGAAAUUUCGCCCACAUCCGAGUUUCGCUUAUGCUGUCAGAUACAUUGCACAAAGAACAAAUACUGUGCAAUAUGCAGUCAACUUCCCUGACUCUUUGCAGAGGUGAAAAUUCUAAGACUGUCGUCAUCAUCUUUGGUCCAGCACAGACACCAGUCGUAUCGUGGACCUGAUCUCCAGCUUUGAUAUCUCCAUUGAGGACCUUGUUGUUAGCCAUUAUUGAGUAGUCUGUCCUUUCACUCUGACUUUUCAGCUCCCAACCAAGAGGAAAGAUUCACCUUCCUGGUGCAACAAGGACUUAUGGACUGUAAUAUUCUGAACUCACUAAAGGAAAAUAACAUCUUGCUUGCAGAAGGAGGAGUGGAGGAUCUGGUAUGUGAUCACUGUACCUUAGCCUUCAACUUUUGACUGGCCCACCCUUACUCCCUGUCCAUGAAUGUGCUUCAUUUUGAUGCUCUUCCCUGACUAGUAAGCAAAAAUCCAGGUGUCAGUCUGGCCUGGAAGUAACGUAAUGAUAGUUGGAAGGUCUGUGCUGGGAUUGUCUUUCAGGCUGGAGAAUCUUCCUGUUGCUUUUACUGAAGCUGCUGCAGUCCUCCCAGAGGAGCUCUCCAGAAUCAUAAAUUGGUUCAUCAGUCUGGAUUGUCAAGUACAAUGAAUUAGGGAAAGCAGAACUGGUUGGAGAAGUUCCAAAACAGCUUUAGAGUUCAUUAUAUUCACCUACCAAAAAAUAGUGGAUAUCCUAAUGGAAUCAAGUCCAGGAUGACCUAACAUUCACAAAACAUAAGUACUUCUUCAGGUGGAUAUAGCCAAUAGCUCAACUGCAGAAGGAAAGAUUAAUUCCACUUUCAGACAUUUUAUAGUCCGACUAAUGCUUGAGAAACCCAUUCCACGUACUAGGUUUUAGCCAAUAACUGCUGGUAUCAACUCUCUCUGUCCUCGUUAAAGCCAAAGUAGUUAACCAAAGACAAACUACUAGCUCAUAUAGCAGAAAAUAGUAUUCGGCACUUGGCAGGACCUUGAUCAUAAAACUUAUAUAUUGUAUUUCUUUUUUUUUUUUUUAUGUAUUUUGUUUAGUAGCACUGGUGAGUGGUUUCCUGUCAGUAGCUGAGGAGAAGAAAUUCAUACUUGGUUUCCUGGAUCUCUGCAGCUGUUUCUGUGACUCACUGUGUGAUAUCGCUGCAUCAUCUAAAAGUGGUAGUGGCAAGGAAGGGAAAAGCAGUAAAAUGAGGACCACCAUCAUUAGAUCUGACAUGUGGAAUUCACGUAUGUGCAGUCUCUCAUUAAACCAAAGGGCGGUAUGGGUUCAAAAGUCAGCAGCAAGCAGCUUAUGCUGAGUUCUAGGUAUGCAUCGACACCUAGCUCCUAUAACUAACACUAGAUGAGAUAAUCUGUUGGAUGAAGAACAGUGAGGCAAAGCUGAGCCUGGUCACAGGUUUUCUUGGUGACCAGAAGGGAGAGUAUUUUGAUGAAUUCACAAGCAUGAUGCGAUUUCUAUUAUUUGGAAGCACCGACUUAUGAUUUUUCAACUAAACCACUAACGUAGGAACACAUUUUGAUACAUUCUAGAUAUGCAGUUCUAUUGCUGUAUGAUUUACAGUUAAUAUCUUCUGUCAUGGAUGGUUAGUUUAAAGACUGUCCCGCUCUGACAGGUUAUUUACACUGCAGUGUCACAGCAUUCAAAACUUUGUUUAGGAAUCUUUGCCUUUUUUAAAACAGCAGCACAAAACAGGAUCGCAUCAAACUUUUCUUCCCUUUUCACACUGUUUUCUGCAUUAAAUUCUGUAUUAAAUCCAUUGCCUUUUUACUUCUCUGCUAGUUGAUCUAAGGCCUGGCUCCAAACAGCUAAAAGAUUAUGGCCUGAUAGCUAUGACAGCAACAGAAGCAUCUGCAGUAAAAGUAAUGCUCCUGUGCAUGAAACAAAGCUUUCCUAGAGGUCAGUCCCAGAAUGCAGAAGGCACCCCCAAGACUUGAAAUACAAUCCUCGCAGCCCCGAGUUCCACCUGCAAGAUGCAUUUCUUUCCCUUCUCCAGCAUAGAAACACAGCACUAAUGUGCAUGUAUGUGAAAUGACCAGAACAAUGCAUUCCGCACAGUCCCCCCUCUGGGAGGAAGAGGAGAAGAUAACCAGAGGUGAGUCAUGUUGUUUACUGCUCUACAGGAGUGUGGUUGGAAACGUCAUCGAUGAGCAAGAUCUGAAAACCUGAACAGACUAGAAAUGAACUUGCUUCUUCUCUAGUUAUGUUCUGCAACUACCCUUUUGUGAUAAUAUGCAGUGUGUAUGGCAAGUAUUUUAACUGAGUGACUUGUCACCAUAAAGUAUUUUUAAAAGAGGCUGUAAAUUUAAGAUGCUCCCUAGGUUUGCCUCAAAUGCACCAAAGAAAAGCCAAAUGCAAAUAUUUUCUUAAAAGCUUAGUAAAUCCCUAUCUCAAAGAUUUAUGAACAGAGCUAAUAAAUAUCGGCAUUGCAUUGUGGUAAAAUUAUGCAUGGUGUUUUUUCCAAAUUCAACAAUAUUUUUGUAGAACUAGGCUAUGUUCCAUUAUUUUCUGGGUAUUUUAAAUCUCUGAACCUACUUAACUUUCAUUGGUGGCUAGACAUAGGCAAAAUGCUUAUUUAAAACUAUGGAUUGUGAUGAAUUCCAAUUGCUUUCACUGUCCUUGGCAAUUUUACAGAAAGAAUAUGAAACAGAGCAUUCCCAAGCCCCCCAGCCCCCUGUCUUUUUUGGCUGCUUCAAUUUAAAAAAAAAAAAAAA